CCCCUGAGGUCACCGCAGAAAUAAUCUCACCAGUCCCUGAGCCCACAGCACAAGUCUACUGUGGCCAACCGUGGGUGAUCACCCACGGUCCUCCCUCUGGCCAUCCAGAAGGUGGGGCCCAGACCCCUACAAAGGCGCCUCUGAGGGAAGCAGAAGUCAGAACACAGCUCACCCACUACUGAGAGUAAUCCGGUGGACACUUCCAGCAGCCACCCUGGAGGUCCUAGCAUCCAGUGCCCUUCAGCCACCCCCGGAAGAGAUGCAGAGAGACACGUCGCUGUUGUCACCCUCUGCAGACCCAAAUGCUGCGGUGGCUGUGGACCAGGAUGCCAGCACAUCAGGGGACCCAAGCAAGAGUGAGACUGAGCCCCACACCAGCCCUCAGACCCCGCGAAAACCCAGCAUGUCGAAGGUGAUUCUGAGGGCUGUGUCUGACAAGGGAGUGCGCAGCCGUGUGUCCCUUGCGGCCUUGAAGAAAGCUGUGAGCACCACAGGCUACAAUAUGACCCGCAACAGCUGGCGCUUCAAGCGUGCACUCCAGAAACUAGUGCAGAAGGGCAUGCUCAAGAAGGUGACUGGCAAGGGGACCUCAGGCUCUUUCCGCCUGGGUAAGAAGAAAGCCUUCAAGUCCAAGAGCAAGGCCAAAAGACGCCAGCGGAGGGGGCGGAGGCAGAAGCCUGGGCAGCGCAAGUGUGGACCACGCCAGUCACUACUAGGCUCCAGAAAGAGCCAUAAUCGGCUUUUCAAGGGAGUUCGUCGGGUGGCCAAAGGCCGCCGCCACUAAUAAGGCAGGUUAGGCGGGGCGCCAGGCUUGCCGCAAGCUCAGUAAAGCGGAAAUAAAAGCCCAACUUAUUUCA